GGGUUACCUGCAGGAAUGCGGCAUGUGAGGCGGGGCUUAAAUACCUGAAAUGGGCGGGACUUUCGUGUUUGACAGAAACAAUUCGCCGACCUUUGAAGCCGCUGGUGAGAAAAGACCAGAAAUAAGGCGAAAGUAAAGGAGAAACGAGGAUGGCCACGGAAUUCACGCAGGACACGGUGCUGCAUUUCCUCCAGAGCAGCGGAGGCUCGGUGAAAAACGCCGACCUGCUUCUGCACUUCAGAAACUUCAUCCGGGAUCAUGCGGACCGGGACAGGAACCGAGAGCUCUUCAAAAAGUUUAUUAACUCCGUGGCCACCGUCCAACAGAUCGACGGCGUUUCUUUCGUCGUUCUCAGAAAGAAAUACAAAGGACAUGUCGCCGGUGGCGGUGACAGGGGCUCUUCCGGGCCGCUGCGAGUCCCCGCCGGGAGGAGCACCGAGCCACCCAGCACAGUCCAGCCUCGGCCGAAACCUCAGCUAACGGAGGUGACAACACCCGCCGAGAAAACAGUCCUACCUGCGGCUGGGAUCAUUCUCAAUAACAACAACAACAACGUGGAGGCGAAUUUGAAUCUAAAACCGAAACAGCAACAGGUGAUCAGCACACCUGCGCCAGCACAAGUCUCCAGGAGACCAGCAGCACCUCAGGUGGUGAGUCAGAUCUCAGAGAAAACUGAAGUGAAGACCCCCAGUCUGCCAGAACCUCCUGCCCAGGAUCAGCGCACUAAACUGGGACAGAACAGAGUGGAUCUUGUCCCGUCUCCAGGGCUCACACCUGUGGUCGCUGCAGUCAGACAUCGUGGAGAAACCUGCCAGCAGUUUCCAGUCCCAGAACCCGUCAUAGUGAGGCACGCCUGUCUGCAGCCUAAACAAGGUCUUCAUCAGGAGCCUCCUCUUCAUCUUCAGGUCUCGCCACGCCGCUUCAGAAACAGGCAGAGUUACAAAUCUGCCGUCUCUUGCGAUGAAGAUGAGGAGGAAGAGGAGGAUUUCUCAGUGAAGCGAGGAUCAGCAGGAGGAAUGUGGCCCAGGGGUGCCCCCUUUGACGACACGGGAAGGGUUGUCUCCCCCUCCUCGCCCUGCAUCACAGUCCCGUCUGUUUCACCCUCUGUUUCCUCUUGUUCUUCAUCAGAAAGAACGCUCCCAAGGAUUUACAUCCAGAAUGUGCAAGGGCAGUUGCUGCCCGCUGGUGGGCCAGACAGGAGCUUGGAUACAGGGGUGGGACAUAGAGGACAGUGGACCAGGCGAGGGCCGGAAUCUGGAUCUGUUCCUAAGGAUUCAGCAUUCAGCAGACACAGCAUACCCUUAGAGACGGAGCGCUACAUCGCUUCUCCAGACCGAGCUGAAGAGGUGGUGCUCCACCGCGAUGUCCACGCAGAACGCAAACACGUGCAGCCUGCAGGUGUCCAUUUUGAGCCCACGCAUGGGACAGAUCAAAGGCUACCGCUGUCUUCUAGCCACAGUAGCAUCUUCUCUCCCUCAUCUGACGCUGGACACUCCUCCCCCAGAGGAUCAGGAUGGAACAGCAGCUAUGAAGAACUACAGACCAGAACAGGAAAUGCUGUGGAUGAGUCAAAAAUCCAAGUACUCCAGCCAGCUCAGAGGACCAGGUUUGAGCCUGGCAGUAAAACUGCUCCGCCUUGGCAUCGCUCUGCAGAGCAUCUCCAUGACGACCAGGAGCCCACAGCUCGUGUGUCGCCAUUGUACCGCUCCACAGGUGAUCUCUAUGACGACCGCGAGGAAUCAGAGUCGAGCGAGGGCUCCCCACUCUCCUCGCCUCUGCGACCACGGGCGGCGGUCGCCAGGCGGCUCAGCAGCCAGUUGAGGAGCAGGAAGUGCCGUAGCUUGGGGGCCGACCUCGACCAAGUCCUCCAGCAUGAAGCAAAAGGAGCAGUAGGAAGCGAGGCAGCCCGUCUGAACCGCCUCCAUCUGAUCUCCUCUUCACUGAGCCUUCGCUACAACCUGUCCUCGUCCUCGCUGUCAUCCUGCUCCACACCACCCCUCUCCCGCAGCCUUGCUGACCUGGUCGAACGGGAGGGGAAAGAAGGAAAGAGUCUCCCCGCUGCCUCCUCCCCUGCUGCUCAUCAUGAAGGCUCCAGUAGGCAGUCCCUGGUUCCUCUGGAGCCCAGGGAACACGCCUGGCUGGUGAAAGGGGCAGCGGGAGCCUGGCCUGACAUCUACACCCUGUUCAGAGAGGACUCGUCCCUGCUCAACAGACGAGACUUCAUCUCCGGCUUUACCGUGCUGCACUGGAUUGCCAAACACGGCGACCACAGAGUCCUCAACACUUUAUGGUAUGGAGUUCAGAAGGCUGGUUUGGCCUUUGACAUAAAUGCCAGGGCAGCUUGUGGCCACACCCCUCUCCACAUUGCUGCCAUCCACGGCCACAAGAAUAUAAUACGGUUGCUGGUUAACAAGUUCCAUGCUGAUGUGAGGCUGAGGGACACUGCAGGAAAGAAGGCGUGGCAGUACUUGAGCUGCACCAUCCCCUCAGAUGUCUUCCAGCUGCUGGGAGCUCCAUUGCAGGCCACUCUGAGAGGAGAGGGAAUGGUUGGGAGAGUAGACAGCAGCUGGCAACCGGAAAAGAGUCGCAGCCGCCGCCACCGUCUUCGGCAUCACCUCUCCUCGGCUUCCUCGGGAGAGAGGCCACUGACCAUUUCGGGCACAGCGAAGGUCAAGAGGUCAUCGUCGCUAGCUGCAUUUCUCAAACACAAAUCGCUUCAACGGUUCCAAGGACAUCAGUCUGACUCUUCCAUUUAAAAGCCUCCAGUGAUGGAUUAAGUUGGAUUUGUAUGUAGAGUUCUGAAAUGUCAUUUACUCUCCAUUCAACUGAUCAGCUGUUUACAUGCUGAUUUCACAAGCAUGAACCAGGUCUGAACUGGAUUUACUGGACCUCGCCACAGCUCGGCCAAGAUGAAAAAGUAGCUAAUGAUGUGCCACUUGUGUUCCACUGGCACAUCAUGGAAAUGCAGUUAAAUGGCUUUUGACUAUCUCUGAGUGAUAAAGGCUAAUUCCCACACGUUUGAUUACCAAUAGAAACAUGGCUCAUAAGGAUUUAUUGGGCUCUAAGAUCCCUACUCUCGCUGUAAGGGAGAUGUAAGGCCCCAGCCAACCAGCAUUUACAGUAUGUCCACAAAAUAUCAGUAAACUUUAUUUGAGUAGAAUCACUGCUCAUGGGGAUGGAGAAAAGUAAAUCCGAGCAAAAUUUUCAACUUUGACACACAGAUUUCUGUUGCUGACAAAUAUUAACCUGUCGUGGAAAGUCCUAAAAAGAGAUUUAUAAAAAAUUUAUAAAAAAGGAUUCAGCCACUUCAUUCCAAAACAUUGAGCUCAGUCCGUAUGACUGUAACAACAGGGAGCACCAGUUGUCCCCGCUGGAGCUUUUGGUUUCAUUGGAUAUGGAAGAUAAAAGAUUAUAUCACAAAGCCUGUUUGGUCUGAGGCACGUGACAGCUUAAAGCGAGAGGUUAUUUGCAAGCACUUGGCAGACUAGAUUGGUUUUCAGCAUGACAAUUGUAUGAUGUCAUUGUUGUGAAAGGUGGAAGUAUGAGUCAAAUGGCAGCACGAGCUCCAGUUUCAGUCACUUAGACUUGUGGUUUACUCCAGUCAGCAGCAGAGACGAUACUGCAUCUUUUUAACACUUUUUGCACACAUCUGGUCUCUUUUAAUAUGUGCUUUAAAAUUCCUCAUUGUUUCCAAAUCUUUCAUGGGUUUUUCGAUUGAUUUUCUUCCUUCCAGGCAGCCUGUAGUAGCUAUGAAAAUGAACUUGUAGUGAAUUGAGAUGUGGGUGGGAAGUACAAUAAGCAUCAUGAACACCUGUACGAUAAAAUGAAAUCGCUUUUAGGCACUACUUUUGUGAAGCCUCACUUUUUGCUGGCACUGAGUUAAAGGUGUUUUAAGACAGUGGAGUGAUUUGAAAGGUAAUUCUGAUUUUUGUAACUUGGGUCUUAUUUUCGUAGUCAUUUCGCAUAGGUAAUGAAGUCUUAAUGCUAAGCUAAGCUAACGUCUCUUGUCUGUAGCUUCAGAUUUCUCAUACACAUAUGAGAGUAGUCUUGCAGUAGAAGAAUGUGAGUAAGCACAUUUUCCAAAAUGUGAAACUAUUCUUUUAAUUUGGUGAGUACAAUGAUGCUAGUGCUAACAGACGAGCUACGAAAAAGGGAGCCAAGUCGUAUCAAAUUGAAAUGAUCCUUUACUUUCUGAUAACUCGCCAUGGUAUUUUAUUCGAUUGCACUUUGUUGUCGGGUGUUCGUGUUACUUUGUCCAUCCCGCGUCAUGUUAUGGUCACCAUCUUGUUUUGCUUAUUCAGUAUGCUUGUUUCUGUAUUUGUCAUGGUCACAUUAUCACUGCAUUGUCGUGUGUUGCAUUCAUGUGCUGCUUGGACCUCUGAGACCUUUCUCCAUUUUUCAACAUAGCUUAAAACUUUUGAGCAAAUGUUUGCCAAAUCUCACAUCAUGGAGCAUCUCAAAAGCACUUGAACACAACAGACUGGCAGAUGUCACACUCGGGAGAGCCACAUGAUUACAACAAAAAUAAACCAGAUAUGAUGCUGACUGUGAUGGAUUAUUUGUCUGCAAAUUGUUUUUCAUAGAAAUGAUAAUCAGUGAGGAAGCCACUGAUUAAGGAAGGAAGAGAAACAACCUAAGAACUGAUGGAGGAAAAGUUAAACUGGAAUGAAUCGGACAGGAUUUGUAGCUGAUGGUGUAAAGCAUGUAAAACACUAGUGUUGUACUUUUAACGCUCAACAUCAAGAUAAAACUGGUGUGUUUUGGUUUAUAAAUGAUUUGAUUUUGCUGUACUUAGAAUUUCCACUGUGGAGAUGUAAAGUAUUUUUCAUGCCACUGGUUAACGUUUAUACCACUGAGUAUUAAAUAUGUUUCAUAGCUGAA